AUGCGGCUCAGAGAAAUUUCAGUCUUAUUGCUAGCAGCCAAGGUCGAUGGAUUUGCCUACUACGAUACUUAUGAAGACUACUCGGAAUUAAUCGGCAGUGUUGGAGAAAACGAAACUUAUAUAAAAACAGUUGACCUGAGCGAAGGGCUUGAUCGAAGCUUUGCCGCCCGUGCCGAUCUUUAUGAUCUUCCUGAGGCGGUCAAAAGUGGCGAAAUCACCCUCGACGAUCUUCUAGCGGAGACUGGUUUUGAUUUGAAAUUAUCCGAAGAGGAUAGAUUUCAGAAAUUGCGCCAAUUUCGGCGACUGUACACAUUUUAUUUGGUCGGAUAUCGACUUAGACCCGCUCAUUUGGUUCAAUAUGGUUGUUGGUGUUUUCCAAGAGGCCAGCUUAUAAUGGGCUACGGUCAGCCAAUCGACAAUAUUGAUGCUACAUGUAGGAAUCAUCAGCUUUGUCUCAACUGCGUUGGGUUGGAUACAAACUAUGAGUGCAAUCCGCAUACUCAGCCGUACCGAGUUUACGGUCAAAUCUACCAGAAUGGGCGCCGACUGAUGUGCAAAGACCCACCUGGCUCAUGUGCGUGGCUUGCUUGUCAGUGCGAUGUUAAUAUGGUAACAACGAGUAUUAUCGAGUCGCUGAAGGGUUACAAGCCUCGCUAUUGGAUGUACGAUCCGCGCCGAUGCACCGGAUACGACCAGCAGCACGAGAUGCCACCCGAUCAAUGUUGUGGAAAAUACCCGGAAAGGUUCCCUUAUCAUUCUACGGAAAGGUCCUGUUGCGCCGGGAAAACCUACAACCCUGACUACAAAGAAUGCUGCGCGAGCGAAGAUGUCCGAAAUCUGGGAGAAUGUUAG